AUGUGGUCGUCAACUGACUAUGGUAGUAGUAUUGGAACUACAAGUGAUUUUGGUGGAGGUUAUAUGGCAUCGAUGGGUGCCACAACUGGACAAAAGAAGAUUAGUUACCAGGGUACUAUUGUUCCUUGUACGUGUGCCGAAAUAAUGGCCGCAAAUCAGGAUGGUGAUAGAUUUGUGUCUCCAUGUGGAAUAGAAUUUAGUCAAAUAUCAGUUGUUGGGAUUAUUCGUUCGGUAAAUGAGUCAAGUACACGCGUAGAGUAUGAGAUUGACGACUAUACAGGACCAUGUUUGCCAGUAAAACUCUUUACAGAGGAUCAGGACAAUACAUCUUCCGGUCCACAAUCACGUCCGUUUCGCGAAUUAUCGUAUGUACGAGUACAUGGUCAUGUCCGGAACUUCCAGGGAGUCAAACAUGUUAUUGCUUUCCGAGUCAUCCAUUUGUCAGACAUGAAUGAACUUACUACUCAUAUAAUGGAAGUGAUUUAUACAAGAAUGUUGUAUACAAAAAUCAAACAAGAUGAGAAUAAUGGCACGAACGUCAAAAGUAAUUUCAACGAGGGGGUUUCGCAUAAUGUACCUGGUUCUAUUAGUAAUGGACUCACUGUCUUGCAAAAUCAGAUACUCGCAAUAGUUAGAACGUUUGUUGGUGAGCGUGGAAUUCCUGUAUCCCAAUUAACGGAAAAGCUGCGUGGGAUACCCGAAAGGCAAAUAAGGGAGGACUUGGAUUUCCUUAGUGCUGAGGGUCAUGUAUAUUCGACUGUGGAUGAUGAUCACUUCCGAGCUACUGAAGCAUAA